AGGUGCUGCAGGCUGGGUCCCCGCUGAGCAGCUCCCCGAGUGUGGCAGCCAUGGCUGGGGGUGUGUGGGGCCGGGCCCGGGGAGCCCCUGUGGGGGCCCUAACCCUGGGAGCUCUGGCUGAAGGGAUCCGGGCCAGUCAGGGACAGCCCAUGAGACCCCCUUCCAAGGGCCCUCAACCUGAACCUGAGGCAGAGCCUGGGCACGUAGCUGCCCAGGAGCCCUGCUCCCCGCCCCCUGCGCAGGAGCCAGCCCCUGAGGGGCCCUCUCAGGCCCCCCAGAGUUCCCAGAAGGAGGGGGCCCUGGCUGACCUGGCAAUGUACACGGCUGCCUGCCUGGAAGAGGCUGGCUUUGCUGGGACGCAGGCCACAGCACUCUCCCUGUCCUCAGCCCUGGAGGCCCAGGGGGAGCGGCUAGAGGACCAGGUGCAUGCCCUGGUGCUGGGGCUGCUGGCGCAGGGGCCCAGCCUGGACGAGGGAAGGCCCCGGAGGGCCGCUUUGCGGGUGCUGAGUGCGCUGGCCCUGGAGCACGCACAGGACGUGGUGUGUGCGCUGCUGCCCUGCUCGCUGCCCCUGGACCGGGCGGCGGCCGAGCUGUGGCGCAGCCUGAGCCGGAACCAGCGCGUGAAUGGGCAGGUGCUGGUGCAGUUGCUGUGGGCGCUAAAGGGCGCGGCUGGACCUGAGUUGGAGGCACUGGCGGCCACUCGCGCCCUUGGGGAGAUGCUGGCUGUGUCCGGCUGCGUGGGCGCUACACGGGGCUUCUACCCGCACCUCCUCCUCGUGCUGGUCACGAAGCUGCACGAGAUGGCCCGGGGCACAUGCUCCCCUGACACUUCCAAGGUUUGGACCCCAUCCCACCAAGGGCCACCGCACAGCCACGCCAGCUGCACAGUGGAGGCUCUGAAGGCCUUGCUUACCGGGGAUGGCAGCCGCAUGGUGGUCACGUGCAUGGAGCAGGCUGGAGGCUGGAGGAGGCUGGUGGGAGCCCACACCCACCUGGAGGGUGUCCUGCUGCUGGCCAGUGCCAUGGUGGCCCACGCGGACCACCACCUGCGAGGCCUGUUCGCUGACUUGCUGCCCAGGCUACGCAGCGCCGACGACACGCAGCGCCUCACGGCUAUAGCCUUCUUCACCGGGCUGUUGCAGAGCUGGCCCACCGCGCGGCUCCUGCAGGAGGAGGUGAUUCUGGAGCGACUCCGCGCCUGGCAGGGCGACCCCGAGCCCACCGUGCGCUGGCUAGGCUUGCUUGGCCUCGGCCACCUCGCGCUGAACCGCCGGAAGGUGCGGCACGUGAGCGCGCUGCUGCCGGCUCUCCUGGGCGCGCUGGGCGAACACGACGCGCGGCUUGUGGGCGCCGCGCUGGGCGCGUUGAGGAGGCUCCUGCUGCGGCCGCGGGCGCCGGUGCGGCUUCUGAGCACAGAACUGGGGCCACGCCUCCCGCCACUGCUGGACGACGCUCGGGACCCGGUCCGCGCCUCUGCAGUCGGGCUCCUCGGGACCCUGGUGCGGCGGGGUCGGGGCGGGCUCCGGGUGGGGCUUCGAGGUCCCCUGCGGAAGCUGGUGCUGAAGAGUCUCGUGCCGCUGUUGUUGUGCCUGCAUGACCCCAGCCUGGACGCUGCUGAGAGCUCAGAGUGGACCCUGGCUCGCUGUGACCACGCCCUGCAAUGGGGUCUGCUGGAGGAGAUGGUCACUGUGGCCCACUAUGACAGCCCUGAGGCCCUAAGUCGCAUCUGCCACCGCAUGGUUCACUGGUACCCGAGCCACGUGCCCAGAUUCCUGAGCCAGACCCAGGGCUACCUGCGGAGCCCACAGGACCACCUGCGCCGGGCAGCUACCGUGCUCAUAGGUGAGGCAGUCCAGGCGUCUCACUAUCUCUCCUACCCAGAGCUCUGGGAGCUGGGGGCGUGGCGCCAGCACUCACGGGUUUGCCUUGGUCCAGGCUUCUUUGUCCAUCACACCAGCCCCAGCCAUGUCAACCAGGACCUGCUGGACUCCCUGUUCCAAGACCUGGGGCAGCUGCAAAGCGAUCCCGAGUCGGCUGUGGUCGCCGCUGCGCAAGUAUCUUCCCAGCAGGUGGCGCUGCUGGCCCGCGCUCAGGGCCCUCGGUGUCGCCUGCGCUUUCCCCGCCUCCGCCUGCGUCAAGCCCGUGCGGACCGGCCCCCGCCAGUCUACCCGGACAGCCCCUUCCGGCACCGGAGCGUCAGAGGCCGCUGGGGCUCCUCCACACCGGGUUGAGCUGCACCCGGCACCCCCCUCCUGGUGGGGGUUGGGGGUCUGAGUCGGGCACCCCUCCGCUCUGUGGCCAGUCCUGGCACACUCCACUGGAGGGGCACCCAGGGCCUAGUGCUGGAUGCCAGUGUCUGCCCCCUCGAGGCACCGCAAGGCCUGGUGCGCACAAAGACUCCUCCAGGAGCUCACCACCGUGAUGGCACGCCCCCUAGAGGGACAGCAGUGUUUCUGUCAGCACCAUUUCACCCUCAGCCCCUUGCCUCUUGCACCUAUUGGUCCAUCUGUCCCCCACAGCCCUGUUGCUCUCCCAAGCCGUGGUCUGGUGAGGGACACUGAAGCUGGCACAGUCCUGGGAGCUGCUGCUCUUAUAGGCUGCCUGCUUCUUGGGCCUCUGCCCCCUCCUGCCCGGGUUCCCUGGCUGUCUGGCCCCUGCUGGUCACCCAGCAGCUCUACACCGCCCACCAGGUGCCCUACUCCUUGCCAGCCCAUGUCCUGGCCCAGGUUCUGUCUGCUCAAAAGACAUUGACCUGUUCCCCUGUCCACACCUGCUGCCCCCCCAGCCUGGCACCAUUUUCAGACGCCCCCCACUCCUGUUUAUUGUGUCAGAUCCCAUCUGAGCCUUCUCCACAAGGCAACCCCUGACCUCCCUCUCCACUGGACACCACAGGCCUGGGAUUAGGUGUGGGGUGCCGCCAUCUGCACCCCUACCACACUGCGCCUUCGCGCCAGGGUUGGGAAGGAGGCGUGACUGGACAUACAGGGAAGAAGUCCCUGCAGAUGCCACCCAAGUUGUGACCAGGCCCCUCUGGGCCCUCACCCCGGCAGGUUCCGCCACCAGAAUGCCCAUCCUGAAAAGCCCUUCUCCCCUGAGCUGCCGCCUCACACGGGCCUUGACUCUGAAGGCUGGGCUUUGUCCCUCCAGACUGGGGACACCUCGAGGGCAGGCCUGGGGUUCUGCCUGCCCCCUAUGGAAAGUGUCUGAA